AUGGAACAGUUCUUCACUGCCAUUGAUCAUUGGUCGGUGGCUGGUACGUGUGAUGUUCCUAUCUAUGAAAGGUUCUUAUUUUUCCACGUUUCAUUCACCGUUCAUCUCCUCACCGCCUCCCAUUCUCAAUCACAUACAGUUGCUUUCACCGCUUUCAAUUUCUUCCUGGGUUACAUGGUCAAUGGUAUCGGCUUCUACCUUCUCCAAAGUCUAAACCACCGCCUCACCGCACUCCAGACCACCAUCUCCACCCUUCUAAUUUACCCAAUUCAGGUGACCGCCUUCUUUCACUUUUGUAGGAUAACUCAAUGGAUUGUUCGUAUUCAAGAUCGAUCUCAGCCUUCUCUCACUUCAAUACCAAACCGACGAACUCAGUCAGGGCACGAAGAUGAUGUCGGGGUGUUAUCUCAGUCGACGAUUGCAUCAAGUUAUAUGAAGUGUGGGUCUUGCACGCUCUUAUCGCGAACGGUUGUUGUUGCUGCAAUGGCUGACCAUCGAACACAAUUGUCAUCAGUUUUGAACACCAACUGCUUGAGAAAACUCCUCAACGAAAAAUCUGGUCAACAUUGUGAUGCACUUGCAACUGCUAAAAAGCUCACUUCAAAUCGCAAGGACCAAUUGAUUAAGCUUCAUAAAUAUUUUCUUAAUAUGAGAGAAUAUAGUGACAAACUUAAAAGAUGUGAAGACCAACUCUAGACCAAACAAUGGAGAAACAAUCUGAAGAAUUGAGGGACAUAUGAAGUAGAUAUGAACAUGAGAAGAAAGUUUGGGUGGCUGCAGUCAAGGAACUAGGUAUUGAAACCAGACCACUGUCAGCUCUCACUUCAAGCACACCACUGUGUUGACUCAGUACCUUCCUGAUCUUAAUAGCAUGGUUUCUGCAGUUCAAGCAUUAGUUGCAUAGUGUGAGCAUCUUAAAGUCAUAUACAUCGGAGAACAAAUCAAGAGAAGAAAGCUUCAUAAUCAAUUUGAUGAUACAAAAG